UUCAAAUGUGGUCUCAUUCAUUUGCUAUUUUUUUUGCAGAGACGUGCAAUGAAAUGCGUCAACAAGAAAAUAUGUGCGUGUUCAAUAGUCCAUGUGGAAGAUGACAAGUAUGUUAGGUCCUCCUUGCACCACAAAUGAAAGUACCCAUCUAUCUUUCCAUGGAGUCAAAACCAAUCCACCUGAUCCUUCUCUUCAUCUUCUUCAUUUCUCCUCAGUUUCAUUCUUCAUAUGCACAAACAUGGAUUAGAGCUGGUUACUGGUAUGCCAGUGGUGAGUCUCCUAUUCCUGACAUAAACUCUGCCUUGUUUACUCAUCUUAUAUGUGGUUUUGCCAAUGUAAGUUCCUCCAGCUACCAACUCAUCAUUCCCUCAGCUGAUCAGCAGUACUACUCCAGCUUCACCGAUAUCGUUAAGCGAAAAAACCCAUCAAUCAUCACACUCCUGUCCAUCUGGAAUGGACAAGCUUCAACAGCUCAAGGAAUAUUGGGUGACAAGGUCAAUUCAUCAGUCUUGUCCUCCAUGCUCAAUCAAUCUUCUAGUAGAAGGUCUUUCAUUGAGUCUUCAAUCCAAACCGCAAGGCGCUACGGCUUUUGGGGAAUAGACUUGUUUUGGCUGUGGCCUAACACAGAAGCAGAUAUGAUCAACUUGGGAAAGCUGUUGGAUGAAUGGAGAGCUGCUAUUGAUUCUGAGCCAAGAAACUCAAGUCAGUCAAAAUUAAUGCUGACAAUGGCUGUUAAGUAUGUGCCUUCUUUCGGAUCAAUGACUUAUCCGAUUGAGUCUAUGAAGAGGAACUUGGAUUUUGCACAUGUGGUGGCAUAUGACUAUCAUCUGCCUUUGAAGGAAAAUGUUACUGGUGCUCAUGCUGCUCUAUAUAACCCAACAAGUCAUGUUAAUACAGACUAUGGUAUAAGGCAGUGGCUAAACAAUUCAUUUCCUGCUAGCAAACUGGUUAUGGGAUUGGCUUACCAUGGCUAUGCGUGGACUCUUGCGAACCCGAAUGACAAUGGAAUUGGAGCACCUGCAGCUGGUCUAGCUGUGACACAAGAUGGUUCCAUGAGCUAUAAGUACAUCAAGUGGUAUACUCGAAGCUACGAAGCUAAAAUAAUGUAUAAUGCUAGUUAUGUUGUGAAUUACUGCAUCAUUGGAUUGAGCUGGAUUGGAUUUGAUGAUGUUGAAGCUAUCAGAGAUAAGAUUGCAUAUGCCAAGGAAAAGAAGUUACUUGGUUACAAUGUGUUUCUAGUCACAAAUGAUGACAACUGGGUGCUUUCUCGGGCAGCUCAGGAUGAAGAAAAUGCUCACGGGAAGAAGAGGCGGUUACUGCUUAUAAUUUUCCUUCCAAUUACUAUGAUCAUCAUCCUCAUAGCCUCUGCGGUGUGUUACCUGCAAAGAAAAUUAUUAAAGACAAAAGGGAAGAUAAUUCUGCGCAAGUUAUGUCGAUCAGAAUCAGCUUUUACUAGUGCUUCUCCAAAUCUGCAAGAAUUCAGCUUUUCCACUAUCAAAGCUGCUACAAAUACCUUCUCGAGCGAAAACUUGCUCGGAGAGGGUGGGUUUGGUCCUGUUUACAAGGGAAAAUUGCGAAAAGGACAGGAAAUAGCUGUAAAACGUCUUUCAAAAACAUCAACUCAAGGACUUGAGGAAUUCAGAAAUGAGGUUACACUCACUGCAAGACUAGAACAUGUAAAUCUAGUUCGAGUUCUUGGAUUUUGCAGUAAGAAGGAAGAGAAAAUGCUGAUCUACGAGUACAUGCCUAACAAAAGCUUGGACUUCUACCUUUUUGAUCCUUCCACACGGCAUUUCCUAGACUGGACGAAGCGUGUGCAUAUUAUUGAAGGGGUUACUCAAGGACUCCUAUAUCUCCAAGAAUACUCUAAUUUGACAAUUAUUCACAGAGACCUAAAAGCUAGCAACAUUUUACUUGACCAUGAGAUGAAUGCUAAGAUUUCCGACUUUGGAAUGGCUAAACUUUUCAAGAAAGAUGAACUUGAAGGAAACACAGGCCGUAUUGUUGGAACAUACGGCUAUGUUCCUCCUGAAUAUGUAAAUAAAGGUAUAUACUCCAUGAAGUACGAUGUCUACAGCUUCGGAGUUCUACUUUUGCAAAUGAUCAGUGGAAGGAGGAGUACAAGCUUCUACGGUCCGAACAGAAGUUUGCACCUUUUGGAAUAUGCAUAUGAAUCAUGGAGGGAAGACAAAGGAGUGGAAUUUAUCGAUCCAGCACUGGAUGAUUCUUCUUCUUCCUGUAAAUUGCUGAGAUGCUUGCAAGUAGCUCUACUAUGUGUACAGGAAAAUCCGGAUGAUAGGCCUACAAUGUUGGAAGUGUAUUCAAUGCUCAAGUCUGACACUGAAGUCAUCCCUAUUCCUACAAAGACAGCUUUCUCAGGGAAAAGAGAUGAACAUAUGGCAAGCACAUCCACAUCACAGCAAGCAAUAUCAGUUAAUGAUGCACAGAUUUCCGAGUUGCUACCCCGAUGAAAAUGCAGGCUCUCUACAGUGUAGUCAUUGCUAGAAAAAUUGUUUGUUUUGUAUGAAAAUUAAUUUUACAAUCAAAAUCAACAGAAUGAUUCCCUAACAGAUACAACUGAACACCAAAACUAACAAUAUAAAAUUUCCAUUCAGAUCA